AUGAUCAAAAUCGUGAAGAAAUUGGGUGAUACGGUGGAAGAGUCACGUUUAGUAGAUGGUGCUCUUAUCGACCAGAAAUCAAUGGGUCGUGGUGGACCAACGCGUGUCGAGAAAGCCCAGAUCGGGCUGAUUCAGUUCCAGUUGAGUCCACCGAAAACUGAUGUAUGCUACUUAUCUUUGUCUGCCCUUCUGAACCUCGCCAAUACCUUACCUUAA